AUGGCGCAACAAGUUGACACGGCAAUUCAAUACCACGGAAAAAAGCGCCCGGCAGAAAGCGAGCCCGAAGACCAACCUUUGGCAAAAAGAUUUGGACGGUUACACAUAGAGUCCAUUGCAAACCUCAAUGGCCUAGGAUAUGAUGAAUCGCCGACACUUACACAGAACACGCCAAAUUUGACUGACCAAAUGCUAUUGGAUGACACCAAAGAUACGGUUUACAUCCAUGAUAUUGAUCGCGAGUUAGCAGAAAGCCAGGCCCAACAAGACACCAUCAGUAUCCUACCAGGAGUUGCAGAGGCACUGCUGCCUAUACCGAAAACUCUUAUCGCAAAAACUAAAUCCCAAAGCAAUGAACUUGUUCUUUACCAGGAACCCCAAUCAUUGUCAAUACCAGAAGAACAGGACAAUGUGCGGCGAGCGAUAGCUGAAACGCGGGCACGGGCAAGGCAAGCAAGUUUGGGCUUUUCAUCUACAUCUGAGAGCACAGCUAAAAGUGGUUUUGGAAUCAUAAAUGAAAAAAUCAGGAAUCAUGAUGAUGGCGAUGAUGUUAUGGACAUAGACCCUGUACUCUAG